AUGCCGUAUAUGUACAGUACAACUCUAAUCAUACAAGUCAAAUCAUUAUUCUACAAUGAUGAUCUUGUAGCCUUAGCCUGCGUCGCAUCAUUGGCAGGUGGUGUUCCAGGACCGGAACUUGGUGCACCGGGGAAUGGAAAGAUUGGGAACUUAGGGUGUGGGAAAGGAAAUGAAGGGAAUCCAGGACCGGAACUUGGUGCACCUGGGAACGGGAACUUAGGGUGUGGGAAUGGAAAUGAUGGGAAGCCAGGACCGGAACUUGGUGCACCAGGAUGUGGGAAUGGAAAUGAAGGGAAGCCGGGACUGGAACUUGGUGCACCGGGCCAUGGGAACCUAAACCCGGGGCCAGGGUGUGGGAAAGGGAAUCGAGGAUGUGGGAACCCGAACCCAGGCCGCCCAAACCCCCAUUCCGGGUUUGCAGCUUCAGUCUUUUGUUCUAGGGCAAAUGUUGUUUUUGCUAGGAAAAGAGUAAAGAGAAUAGCUAAUAAGGUUGAAGGGUUUGGAAUGAAGGUUGAAGGGACCAUUGGUGGUCCAGGAUUUGGAAAAUUAAAUCCAGGGCCAGGUUGUGGGAAUGAAGGGAAUCCAGGCCCAUCGUUGUUUGGUGGUCCAGGGAUUGGAAAAUUAAAUCCAGGGCCAGGAUGUGGUAAUCCAAUAGGUAAUCCAGAACCACCGCCACCGUUUGGUGGUCUAGGGAUUGGAAAUUUAAAUCCAGGGCCAGGUUGUGGUAAUCCGAUAGGUAAUCCAGGACCACCGCCACCGCUUGGUGGUCCAGGCAGGUUGUGGUAA